AUGUCUUCGUCAAUGGCACUUGGCCUUCUCUUGCCAGUCACGGUGGUCGAAACCAUACUCAUAAUCAGAUUUAGCCUUGAACCAAGGAGUGCAGCAGUCGUCUUUGUCUAUGCAUAUGCUAUGAAUCUUACAAUGAUGGCAAUUUGGAAAAUAUUCAUAUGGCCAUUCUUUUUCAAUCCCCUUCGCCAUCUGCCAACAGUCAGGGGCCUAUUGGUAGAUAUUUCAUUGUACAUGUAUACUCCCCGCGGCAAGGUAACCCUGCCGUGGCUCCGUUCUAUUCCGAAUGAUGGCCUCAUCCACUUCCGCUCUCUCCUGAACUUUAGUACCCUGCUUGUUACCAAUCAACGGGCACUUAAGGACGUUCUGAGUACCAGAAACUACGAUUUUGUGAAGCCACCUAUUGGACAGGCAUUUCUGGUCCGGAUAUUGGGUGAAGGACCACUGCUGUCCGAAGGAAAUGUGCAUAAGAUGCAGCGAAAGGCCAGUGCACCUGCAUUUACUAUUAAGAAGACCCGUGCCAUGUAUCCAGUCUUAUGGUCCAAGACGCAAAUGUUUCUGGAUCAGUUAGAGAAAGAGGCGCAGACUUGCCCAGUUUUGGAAAGGCAAUCGGGUCAAUUAGCAGGUUUCGUGGAGAUUGGGGGAUUGGCAAACCGAUUAAUGUUAGACAUCACUGGCAUCGCGACCAUCAGUCGGGACUUUCAAUCAUUGGAGAACAAAAACAACAGUAUCUUUCAGAGCUUGAGGUCCAUUUUCGAUCCCUCCCCCGAGCAUUGGCGAGUUUUCACCGCGUCACUAAUGCUCCCCCAAUGGCUGAUCAAAAUGAUCCCCUGCAAAUUGAACAGCAUCACUAUUCCACGUUUCCGGAACGAACUACAGUCAAUGUGCUACGAUGUCCUCCAUGAGAAACGGGUACUAGGCAUAGCAGAGAGAAAAGAGCCUAAGAAUGCCGAGAAAGAUAUUCUGGAUACUAUCAUGCGGGGCGGAGAUUUCAGUGAUGGUGAGUUGGUGGAUCAAAUCAUCAAUUUGCUUGCCGCGGGUGUACGUCGCUCUCUCUCCACCUCUAUCACCCGUCUACACGAAACAACAGCAGGAGUCCUUACCUGGUGCUGUUACCAUUUGGCUCUAGAGCCUAAUAUACAAAUCACGCUUCGCAACGAGAUCCGAUCAACAAUCCCAUCUUUUUCGGUCUCAGCUGACUGGAAGGUUCUCGAAAACAUGCCUUACCUUAAUGGAGUUUGUGAAGAGGCUUUGAGAUUAUACCCAGUAGUCCCCAUGUCUGCUCGUGAAGCUAUCUGCGAAACCUCAAUUAUUGGCGAAAGGGUCCCCGCUGGUACCGUCGUCCUAAUCUGCCCACAAUCUCUUAACAGAAGUCCAGACUUCUGGGGCGAAUCGGCCGAACUCUUUUUACCGGAAAGAUGGAUAGAUACAGAUAAGGAAACAGGGAGAGAGGUACCUAACAAACAUGGUGGGGCGAGACCAGAUUUGGGGUCGCUCACAUUUUUGUACGGAACGAGGGCUUGUCCCGGGAAAGAACUUGCAAAGGCGAUGCUUCGGUGUGCAGUUGCAGGAGUUUUUGGAAGAUUCGAAGUUGGGCUUAAGGAAUUUGGACAAAAGCCUACAAUUGGUGGGAUAUUAACGAGCCAGCCGAUCGAGGGGAUGCAUUUGAAGCUGUCCAAAGUCCCGGGGUGGGAGUAA